ACUCUAUAGAAGAACAGAAUGAGUGAGGUUGUCAAAUUUGAUCCAAAGGAACUUUUAGAUGCUUUUAAAAAGGCAAAAGAAGGCGAGGAAGUUGUUAUUGACGAGUACGUACGUGGUUACGUACAACUCACACAUUUUUUCGAUCUUUUGGGCACCGUAUUUGGUUACAUUAACUCGGAUAUAAAUGAAAAGGUGGCCAUUUUGCAGAGCUAUCGUAGCCAGGAGAUCAGCGAAUUCUACAGAACAGUUAAAUCGAUGAUGGAAUAUGAAAUCUCAAAGGACUUUAAUGUAAGCUCCGAGCAUCCCAGUGGGUCGAGGACCUUAUUACGGCUCCACAGAGCGCUCGCAUUUGCAAGUUUGUUCAUGAAGAGAUUGUCCGAAGCAGGUUUACAAGACAAAUCAUCAAACAUUGCCUACGACUCUUAUAAUGAAACGUUGGCUCAGUUUCAUCCGUGGUUGAUCCGAAAAGGUGUUGGUGUAGCUACGUACACGCUUGGUUCCUGUGGCAGUCUUCUUGAAAAAUGUGGAGGUGAUUUGAGUGAUGUAGAUGAAGCGAAGAAAAUCUUAGGUGAAAUCUCCAUAGCAAUGGAUGAAGUUUUUAACUUAACCGAAAGCUUGUAUACUCAUUUUGAUCUGCAUGGAUUGCCAUAACAGUUGAAACUGAAAAUAUGUGAACUGUAAAAUGAAAACAUAAUGUUUGCUAAUAUCUGUCACCUCGUCAGUUUGUAUCAAUGUAGUAAUCGAUUAUUAACUAU